AACUUAAGAAAAAAAGAAAGGCAGAGGAAGAACUUGUGAUUACUAAGCCGAAGAAAAGGAGAUGGGAAGUAAAUGGUGCCAUUCAACCAAAUAUAGUUCACGCAGUAUAUUUCGUGGAUCCGACAGAGGAAAGUCGUCUACUUCUUGAGAAGAUCCAAGAAGAUCAAUUUGUCGCUCUGCAUGGAGCUAGAGCAUCUGGCAAGUCUACGCGGGUACACCAAAUUCAGAAGCAGUUGAAUGACGAAGGCUACGUUUGCAUUUAUGUAUCUCUUGAACAAAUUAACAUUAAAAGCGUAGACAAUUUCUGGCAUACACUCGGCUCUCAUCUCUAUCUUGAUGUUCCCAAAUACAUUAGACCCGAUAGCAUAAAUUCUUCUAAUGAUUUCGAUCUAGUGUUCCAGAAAAGCAAGUGGAAAAAUCGUGUUGUUCUAUUAAUUGAUGAGUUUGAUAUGCUAUACCAUGCAACAGAAGAUGUUCUCUCUUCGUGUCUAAAUACCCUCCAUGACAUUAAAGGAACAAAAGAAAAUUAUGCUAUCUGGUCUGUUGUUGCCAUCGGUCCCUUCAGUAUCCUAUAUUUAAAUUCGAAUAAUUUUACCACAUCGCCCUUUAACGUUAAUGAGCUAUUUAAAAAUCCAAAUUUCACUCUGGAACAAGUGCAGUUUCUCUACAAGGAAUUCGAAGACGAAUAUAAUUUAACUAUUGAUCAGGAAGUAAUUGAGGACAUAUAUACGCAGACAAAUGGACAUGCUGGUCUCGUCUGCCUUUGCGGACGUGCGAUCUAUAGAAAAUUACUUUCAGAGUUAGGAGUGGAAAUGCGCUUGAACUAUGACAUAUGGCAACAUUUUACUGCCUUCUUGCUAGGAAAUGAGAUUUUAGAGUACCCAACGUUUAUAAGGAUGAAGGACGUUCUCCUGAAAGAUGAUACCGAUACUAGGCCCAAAGGAGUUUUGGUUCCUGGAGGAGAUGCUGGGACAUUUAAAAUUUCUUCACCUUUGGUGCACUGGCUGGUCCUUCAGCGAAUAAUUCCCCACAUGUUUCCGACUUCACCUAAAGUAGAGGUACCCUAUCAUCCAUCCACGGGUAACUUAGACAUUCUUGAGGCCUUGAAACAAAUUGUCAGUAUAUUUGAUCAAGAAACAAUAAAGUCCUGCAAUUCUUUUAAGUUAGCACGUGUAUUGGUUAAUAAUGCAAAUAAUCGAGAAGUUCCUAGAGAAUCGAUGUAUGAUGCAGAGCUUUAUCAGAUCAUGUCGAAUUGGCUUGGUAGAUUUACAGUGACAGGACAGUGGCAUCUAAAAUAUCGUGCUAGUGGACAUAUUAAUAAUAAAUACGUAGACAUAGUCAUCUCACGACCUGAUCAUCCGACCAUUGCAUUAGAACUCUUAGCUAUAGCAACAAAAAAAGAGCUUAAAGAACACUAUGAACAGGCACUCUUAUACGAUAAGAAACUACCUGCAGAUGAUACAUGGAUUGUCCAUUUCACCUGUGAAGAAAACGCCAUUUCGGAACCAUGCUGGCCAACCAAGUCUCAACUGCAAAAGGGCCUUCGAGCUAUAUAUUUCUGGCACAAUCUUGAUUUUACAAAGAUUAAAAUGAUUGCAUGUUGGUGGGAUACAAAUAAUAAUACGAAGCAUGUUACUGAUGUUGAGGAAAUAAUGGAACAAUAUCAGAAUGAGAAUAAAUUAGGUCAGUAA